AUGCAAGAUCAACGGCGAGUGAAGAAAAGUUCAAGGUCGUUCGUUGAAGUAAACUCUAAAUGGAUGAAAAGUUGGUGGACAAUUUUAUCAUUAAUCAUCGAAACGAAAACUAUGAAGCACUCUUCCUCGCAAUCUUUAACAUAUGAUCUUGAAUACCACCAAUCAGCUCAAAAUGGAUGA